AUGUUCCAACCAAAAAGAAAGAAAAUCGAUAAUAACUCAAAACUAGCUCCUAUUGAUGAAGGACUCCUUAAAUCAAAGAGUAAAUUGAUGGAUGUGGAUCAUAAAAAUAAUGAAUAAGAUACAGAAAAUUAGGGAGUACUAGCUCCACUCGCUUAGAAAAAUCCUAGUAAAUCAAAGAGAGUAUUUGACAUUCCAGCCAUCGAUCAUAGCAAGCAAAGAGCAAAGCUAGAGGAGAUAGUAUAAAAGACUGAGAAUACUCCUAUGAUAGGCAAUCUGACAGCAUCUAAUUUCCCAGUUCCAAAACAAUAAUUAUUCGGCAAAGUCCCUCAAACAAUGACUUUCACAAAUAUGAAAUAAGCUAAAAAUGCUCUUGUAUCUGCUGAUGAUCAGAAAAAGUUAGACUAAAAGCGAAAGAAGGUUAUGUCUCAUCAAGAUACUAAGAAUCAAGGCCAUAAUGGAUCUUAAUCUGAGGAAAGAACUACUGCUGAUAACAGUUAAUAUGAAUCUAAAAAUGGGAUUGAGAAGCCUAAGAAAACUCAUGCUAGAGGUUCAAAUAGUACAGUUAGACUAGCUCGAAAAUAAAAGUCUGAAGGUAACCCCUCAAUAAUCAAUAAUAGUGAAAAGCCAACUACUGCUGGGUCAAACAAAGGUGAAAGCAGAUGGUUGAAAGAACUUGCUAGACAAAAUUAUAAAUAUUUUGUAGAAAAACUUAAUUAGCAAGAAGCUUAAAGAAGAAUUAAUAUUAUAAGAGCCGUGAAAAAAUAACUGACGGACCGUUUCAUGAAGGUUUUUAGACUUUUUAGAAAUAAAAAAUACGGUGAGCCAAUUGACUCAAUACCAAAGCCUCAGAUUAAUUCAUAUUUAAAUGAGAACAAUACAUUUGAUGAAGAGGAUCUAAAAAAGAUAAGGAAGGCAAAAAAAGGGGGUAAGGGGAGAGGAUCGUAGUUAGAUAAAUAGGAUUUGAUCACAGUUAUUGAGGAGCAAGAGGAGAGUGUUGUUGAAAGUGAGCAGGAUCAAAUAAAAACUAAGCCAGAUUGUUAAGAGUUUAUCUAGAAUAUGAUAGAGGAAGGAAUAGUCUAUGAAUUUGUAUUGCUACUGUCUGAUAACAUUCUUAAAGUUAAAUCCUUCUUAUUGAUGGUUAUUCAGCGAAGAAGAUACCUUAAAAUGAAAGAAAAAUCAGUCAAAGUUCAGGCAUACCUAAGGAGAUUUAUUUCAAGGAGAAAGGUUAAGAGGGAGGUCCAGCAGAUCAAGGACGACCUAUACACAAAGUAGCUGCAGGAUCAUUUGAAUAAACUGAAAUCUUAAGAGGAGUUGAUAAAUUCUUCUGCUAUAAAGAUUCAAUCGCUCUAUCAUAGACUAAAACUGAAAAAGGGUCUUAAAGAUAUGAGAUAGAAGAUGAAGACUCUACCUUACGUCUGUAGAAACAGCUAUGUUAAGAUGCAAAUACUCAAAAUAAAUACCUUUAUGCUAGCUACUGAUACAUCUAAACUUAGAAAAUGA